CAGAGGGAGGAACUGACGUGUCCUGUGCUUGAUUGCAAUAUUCAAUAAAGCAUACUGAAGCAUUGCUUUUCUCAUCAGGAAGGCUAGACACAAACAACACCAUGGAAGUUGGACAUGAGUCAAAUCUGGUUUAUGCUCUGGUCUAUGGCUGCAUCUUGGCACUGGGUCUGCCUCUCAACGCUGUUUCACUGUGGAUUCUGCUUAGACGCCACAGCCUCAAAUCCCCCAGUGUUGUCUUCAUGGUCAACCUGGCCCUCUCUGACCUGCUGCUCGCCAUCUCCUUGCCCAUGAGGGUCUACUUUUACGCCACAGGCAUCUGGCCACUGAGCAAUGAGGCAUGCGUCUGGACCACAAUGCUCUUUCGCAACAACAUCCGCUCCAGCUCCAUCUUCAUCACCUUCAUUAGUGUGGACCGGCUGCUGGCUGUCCUCUACCCUCUGAGGUCACGCCAUCUCCGAACCGCUUCCAACGCCUUGAAAGCUGUUGUGCUCGCUUGGCUGUUUGUGUGUGUGUUGAACAUCCCUGAGAGAUUGAAAUUUUCAGCAUUUAUAAAGAGUAAGAAUCAUUCUACAUGUUUUGAAUUUCAACACAAUGUCAGCCAUAAUAAUAGCAAUCCCCAAUAUCAUAAAUCAGUCUUUACUUAUUUACCGUCUGUGUUAGGGCUCACACUACUGGCAGUCAACAUUGUGUGCACCACGUUGGUGUCUUGGACUCUACGUAGACAUCUCAGUGACUUAGCGAGGGUCAAUAACAAGGUGAAUGUCAUGCUAAUUUUUGUCAUAAACCUGAUGAUGUUCACCAUUUGUUUCUUGCCUUUGGCAGUUUUUUUAUUUUUGUAUGGGCUACCUGUGAGUACACCUUUAGAAUGUCUUGCAAGUUUUAACUGUGUUCUGGAUCCACUUUUGUAUUACUUUUCUCUGGAUGCCUUCUGGAAGAACAAAGAGGAUAUAGAACUUGCAAGAGAGCAGUAGACCAAGGACAUACCAUUUUCAUGUAGGCUAGCUUUGCCAGACCUUCCCCCACAGCGCUGCGGACAAAGGUCUGGCUAGUCCAAAC